UCAACAGAAACAAAAAGAGGAAGAAGAAAAAGAAUGGCGAGAGUGUUCGUCUCUAUCCCUAUGCAACCCACACAAACAAUCUUAUCCGCGUCUUCUUCUUCAACUUCUUCUUCUCAGCCGCUAUUCUCACCGCCGGCAAACAAUUUCUGCGGCGGUGGAGUAGGAGGAGCCGGGGGAUUAAGUCUUACCCGGAGAAUCAGAGACUGUUCCGUUGUGACGCGAGCAGGGCCGAGCACGAGUAGCUACUUGCUAGCGUUCGCCAUCCCUGCUACUCUUAUCGCGGCCACUGUCUUCACUUCAAUCAAAAUCGCUGAUAAGCUCGACGAAGAUUUCCUCGAGGAUAUUGCGUUGAACCAAGCGAUAAAAGCAGCAGAAAAUGGGGAGAAUGGUGAACGUGACAUGUCACUGGACGAUGUCAUUCAAGAACCUGUGCUUCAACGAACACGUAACCGGCCUAAACGUGAAGUUUAACACACACAUAAUAAACAUCUUGUUAAAGAUUUCUUCAAUGAUCUCGUGACUGUACUGUAAUACAUCUUGUGUUUUGUAUAAGGAUGUAAGCUUUGUAGCCUUCUUUAGUCCCGUUUAUAGUUGUAGUUACUUGUAUUACAAUAUUAUUUUGAUCAUAUGUAAAAAAAAGAACGGAUGAUUAAUAUCAAAUGCUGCUCAUUACCGAUUAA